AUGAAUACAUCAAAUUAUACCAUCAAAGCUAUCUACGACGAAGCCCACAGCAAGAUAAAAACAGGCAAUAUCAAAAACACAAACUUGGAUAUAAGGUUAACAUUAUCAGGUUUGUUCAACAGUAAUGAUUACGAACCACAGCCUAUAUCGGUUGGAUAUGUAGCGGAACAAGCCAUCUUUUCUCCUUUGACCUUGCGGAAUAUCGACAUACUUGCGUAUGCAAUGCAGAGUAGGGAAUUGCUGAGACUUGACAACAACUAUACCACAAUGGAAGAAUUAUCGAUCAACCAUAUUAUAACCGACGUAUACCUAAAACAUUCAACAUCGAAGUACAGAGAAGAUAGUGAACUUUCACUACUCAUUGAUUCCAUUAGUUGUUUGUUUUCAUCAUUAUGGUCGUCACAUAGUACCGUUCGCUUGACAUGGGAUAAAACCUCCUUAACAGCAAGUGCCAAAUCACCAAGUAGUGUAUCAUUUCGACCAGAUAUAAUCUUCAGCACCAAAUUAUCAAACGGUCAAGAAUAUGAAAUAGGAAACGGAGAAGUCAAGGCCCCUACUGUAACAAAAUGUAUAGUCGAUGCAACAAGAGUAAGAGUCCUCGAAACUGCUAAACGACAACUACACAAAAGAAUGAGAAUGACAAACGCCCAUAACACGUUAGUGACUUUUGGUAUUUUAAUUCGUUUCACUUUUGAGGUUUACAUUGUUCGUUACAUCGAUGGCUAUUAUCCUUAUGAAAAAAUUACUUGGGGAGAGCUACCUCGGUUCAACAAAGUCAAUGACGUCUUGCCGCAUGCACUUCGAUCGCUGCUGACUUUGAAGCAUUCGAUGGAAUUAUCUCUCGCUAACAUUGAUACCACUGAUAAUAAUUCUGACAAUCUCACCGAAAGUAACUUGCUUCCGACUGUAUCAUAUACCAUGUUCUAUAAGGAGAUAGUAAACGAUCGGGUUACAGAUUCGAACAGUGAGAGUGUAGAGAAUCAAACAUGCUCCGAUGAAAAUAAAUAA